ACCGCGGCGGCAUGGAGUUCCCGGAGCACGGCGGGCGGCUGCUGGGCCGCCUGAGGCAGCAGCGCGAGCUGGGCUUCCUGUGCGACUGCACGGUGCUGGUGGGCGACGCGCGCUUCCCGGCCCACCGCGCCGUGCUGGCCGCGUGCAGCGUCUACUUCCAUCUCUUCUACAGGGACAGGCCCGGGGGCAGCCGCGACACGGUGCGGCUCAACGGCGACAUCGUCACGGCGCCUGCCUUCGGCCGUCUGCUGGACUUCAUGUACGAGGGCCGCCUGGACCUGCGCAGCCUGCCCGUCGAGGACGUCCUGGCCGCCGCCAGCUAUCUGCAUAUGUACGACAUCGUCAAGGUCUGCAAGAACAGGCUCCGCGAGAAGGAGCGCGCGCUGCCCCCGGAGACGCCCGCCUCUGGGGCAGAGCUGCCGGGCCGGCCCCCGGGCCCUCUGUCUGCCUGGGCCCCCGCGCCCCCUCCAGCCUCUCUGAAGGCCAGGCUCCCUCCCGCUGGGCCAAAGGCCACCCGCCCUCCGCCCGCACCGGGACCUCCCCCCUGGCAGGCGCCUGGAGAGUCAGACCGGGCCCUGGACCUGUCGCUGAAGCCCGGCCCGAAGCGGCCGCCCGUCUGCCCACCCUGCGUCCUCCAGACCGCCCCCUGCCGCCAGAAGCAGCCCGGGACCCAGCCGGUGGUGAAGGAGGAGCCAGCCUCGGAGUCCGAGCCGGAGGACGGCUGCAGCAGCCCUCGGAGCGCCCACAGUCCCCUGCGGCCCCCCGGUGUUCCCGCGGCGGAGCCCCUGGCCCGGGGCUUGGGGCCGCUACCGGUCCGCGGGGUGGGCAGGGGGGCGCUGGGGCCCGAGGCGGAGCACGGGGCGCUGGAGGCCGCGCUGCGGCCGAGCGGGCGCCUCUGCCUCUGCCCGCUGUGCGGCAAGCUGUUCCCCGGCGCCCACGUGCUGCAGCCGCACCUCAGCGCCCACUUCCGCGAGCGGGACGGCGGCCGCGCGCGCCUCUCGCCCGACGGGGCGGCACCCACAUGCCCGCUCUGCAGGAAGACCUUCUCCUGCACGUACACGCUGAAGAGGCACGAGCGUACGCACUCGGGCGAGAAGCCCUACACGUGCGUGCAGUGCGGCAAGAGCUUCCAGUAUUCGCACAACCUGAGCCGCCACGCCGUGGUGCACACGCGCGAGAAGCCGCACGCCUGCCGCUGGUGCGAGCGCCGCUUCACGCAGUCGGGGGACCUCUACCGCCACGUGCGCAAGUUCCACUGUGGCUUGGUCAAGUCCCUGCUGGUGUGAGGGCCGACGGAGGGGCGGAGGGAGUGUGAGGCCUGGAGCUCAGCGGGAGAAGCCCCCAGGGCUGGGCCAGCCCAGCGGAAGGAACCCUGCUGCCCCGGGAAAAUGGCCCCGUGGCAGGACUGGGAGCCGCCCGGGCAGCCUCCUCCAGCCUUGGCCCUCUGCACCAGCUCACUGUUGUCCCUGGACCUGCCUUGACCAGACACGGAACUCCUCCGUCCCCUCCAGUCUGUCCCAAGGAGCAUCCGAAGGGUCUGAAGGGCCCGGGCUCCCCAGCGAGAGGAGGCCAGUGACCCUCCUCCCAGGCUUUCCUGAUCGCCCCACAGGCAGGCCUGGGGCACCCUGUGAGCUUGGCACGCGCUCGGUGAAGGAUGCCCGCUCACAGAUGCUGUCAGUGUGAGUCCCGACGGGAGCGCGGACGGAACAGGCCGUUCCUGGCGGGUGGCAGCGGCAAGCCCUGCAGGGCCCUCAGGGCACAGCUGGCGUCCCAGGGGCGCGGCCCCAGCAGGAACCCUGGUGGCAGCAGCAGAACCAGCUGGGAGCAGGGGCUGCGGAGUUGCGGGCGCUGGGGAGGGAGGCAGGCCCUCCGGAGCUCCCGUCCUGCCCACACCGCAGCGCAGGGCAGAGAGUGGGGUUUGGAAACGUUUCUCUAGAUACAGAAGGAGCCUCUGGAGGUUGCCAGAUGUUGGCGCGUGGUCGCUGGGCCGUGCUGCUCCCCUGCCGGAGCGCAGGGACCAGUGCGCCUCCUGGCCUCCCCGGGGGCUGCCGAGGGGGGCCGGGAACGCAGCCACCCGCCUGGAGUAUUCCCGGUCAGUGGUAGGCCUGACUUGGAGGUCAUUUGUCCACCUGAUCACGGUCUCCCUGGAGCUGCUGGUCAUUGCCAGAGUGCUGGGGGGGGGGGGGGGGGCGGUGGACCAGAGGCUGCAGUUUGGAUCAGAGCUUCCUUUUCCUAUGGGGGGUCUGAAUGAAAGCAGGCAUUGCUGGGGCGGGGUGGGGGGAGGGCAGGUGGUCUCCAGGCAGUGGUCACAGGACGCCCCCCCCCACACCGCUUGCAGAGGCUGACACUCCUAAAAGGCAAAAGGCUGCUGCAUUUGUGCUUGGUGGGGGCCCUCCGCCUCGUCUGCCUGCUCCUUGGCCAGGUCUCGCUGCUGGAUCCCAAGGCAGUGGGUAGAGGUAGGGCCGCCCCAGGUUCUGGGGGUCCUGAAGGCGGCAGAGCCGCCCGGACUCCUAGUUUCCCCAGAGCGCGGGCUCUUUCUGCUGUGACUGGAAGUGGUGCUGAGGUCCGAGUUCAAGUUUAAAUUAUUGCUCGGCUCCUGACAACACUUGAUGUCGUAUUUAUUCGUCUGCCUGUUCUGGAGUGAGGAGACACCAUUGGCCUUUGCAGCAGGUGGACAGGAGGGGGCCGCCCCCCUGCAGGCCCUCAGCCCUCCCGGUGUGUGGGCAGCUGGCCUGCGGACCAGAGAGAGAACCAGGGGAAGGGGACCCCGCUUCUGAUUGUCCUGGCUCCCGGGCCUGCACCUCUCGAAGGGCUGGUUGGACUGCACGCGUGGGUGAUGUGCUCCAUGAUCAGAUUUCCACGCGUGAGUGUGUGUGUGUGCAUGUGUGUGUGUGUGAGAGAGAGAGUCUGCCUGUGUGGGCAUCUGUGUCCAGCAAAGGCGGGGCCCGAGCCGGACCAGCACCCAAGCCCCCGCCCCAGCAGGCAGCAGGGAGAUGAAGCCUCAGCCUUGGUUUUCCCCCCGGGGUUUCCACUGGGGAAGAAAUUUAUUUUCCCGGGGCAGGAAGCCUGUCCUGAGUUAUCAACACUGGAUUCAUUGUUUUCUGCAAACAGUUACUGUGAAGUUAAUGUAGAGAGAAGUGGUCAGUUUUAUGUUUAACAACUGACACAGUUCAGAUAAUAUAUAUAUAUAUAUAUAUAUACACACACACACAUAUUUAAGACACAAACCGUUUGGGGUCGUGUCGCAGGAGCGUGUGUAGAUAGACGCCUUGCUGGGGGCGCCUACUCUGUGGGGCCCUCCUGGACGGCCCAGCCUUCCGCCCCUCGGGCACCACUGCCCCUGGGUGGGGGUCCUCUGUGCCCGGAGGACAGUCGUUGGCGCUCAGCGUUCCGCGGGAGGACUUGCUGGCGCGCGCCCGCCUGCUGUGACGGUCUGGAAAUCAGUGCUGUCUUCCCCUUUGCACGUCAUCAUCUCAGUGACAGUGAUAAUAAAGCCCACCCCAGGUGGA